CCAGCGGGACCGUGCGGUGAAGCUGGAAGAGCUGGAGAUCCCGGCCCGAUAGAAAUACAACCUGGGCCACCGGGACCACCAGGGCCACCAGGUCCUGCAGGCCCACCUGGACCAGAUGGACUCCCAGGCUCACUAUUGGCUUCUGGGCCACCAGGACCGAAAGGACCGCGUGGACCGCCUGGGCCACCAGGACCUCCAGGAAAUCCCGGUCCGGAGGGUCCACCUGGAGCAGCUGGAGGAAGUGGUUACCUUGGCAUUUGUCCAAAAUAUUGUGCAGUGGACGGUGGAAUAUUCUUCGAGGAUGGAACCCGACGUUAA